AUGCCCCUUUCGAAGCGGAACGAUAAGGUUCUUCGCUCCCUGGCGAGGACCGUAGGGAAGUUGUGUCAGUUCUUCGACGACAACCAGGUCUGGAAGAGUCUCCUCUCCAACGUCUAUCGAUAUGAGAACGAAAAAUGCAGCAAGUACAACGAUUUUUUAAAGUCCUAUUUAAGUAGCAGUGUUCAUUACUGCCCCACAAAGUCGAGCAAGAAAAAAUUGAGGGGUGAACUGUUUAAAUAUUUGAGGGAUAAUUUGAAAAAAGGAGGUAAGGAACCCACGGAAGAUGUAUUCCUUGUAGGUUUUACUGCCAUUCGACAUCUUGGGAGGGUUAAGAAUUCGUUGCUGUUGGCACUGUCGUCUACGGGAAAUCUGCCCAUAACGCACAGGUACAACAGUAGGGUGUGUGUUCCCAACAGGAAGAAUAUAUGGCACUGUGAUGAGGAGAAGGAUUUGUUUAAAAGGAAUUUUCACGUGGUGAAUUUUGGCGCAGUGGAGCAGGACGACUUGGUUGGGGAGGGGUCCAGUGGCAAGGGGAAGAAGCGGGGCGGGGCGUACAGGAAGGGGGAACAGGGACAGUCCGACGGGGGAAACAAAACUCCUGAUGUUAGUGCGUUUGGUGAAGCAGAUAAACCGAGCAUCCCUGCCAAACGAACAAAAAGCAGCAUCGUCCUGAAGAAGCCCAACCACAAGCAGGAAAUAAAAAAGGGGAUGAUUCUUGUGGCCCAUCCAUUGACGUCAAGUACUUUGUGGAAUAGGUCAAUCAUUCUAAUCACGCACAGGGAUAAGAGCAACCUGGUCUGCGGUAUCAUUUUAAACAAGCACCCCCUGUAUAACAGCUACAUGGGGAUGAGCAACGAUAAGGAAAUAAUAAAUAUACUAAACAAGCUUUACCUGAAGAAGCGGAAUUUCCUGGGGGAGUUCGCCGAGGGGGUUACCAAUCAUCAUGGCAGUGAUCGUAUUCGUGGUAAGGGAGAGAGCCAAGCGGUUGUCGAAAGCAGUGACCAGGUGGACAAAGCAGCAAGGAUGACCUGCCCCGUGGAGGAAGAGCCGCAAAUUGAAAACGUUCCAAGCGAUGCAAGCCAAAUGCAGGUAGAAGGAAGUGCAGAAAAGGAUAACCAACCAAAGAGGGAAGAAGAAGGCCUUGUCCUGCUGCAGAAUCAGUGCAUCGCAAAGGAAGAAGAAAAAAAUGUCAUAGAGAAAAAAUAUCAAAUUCAGACGAGGAGAGAAUCACGCUGCGAGCAUCAAAGCAGUGGAGAUGAAUUCCCAACGUUGAAAGAUUUGCAGGAAAUGUUUUUGAGGAUUCAGUUUAGGAGCUCUUCCAAACAUUAUGCGAACAGACAGAGGAAGCAAAAAAACGUCAUCCCCGCAGAUGGAAACUCCGUUGGUAUACAGCCCAAUAGGAAAAACAGCCUCUUCGUAAUGAUGGAUGAACAUUUGCUGGAUAUUAUUACCCACUACAUUAUUAAACUGAACAAGGUUCCCAUCUAUCUGAGGUUCCUCCCGUCCUACAACAUAGGAUCCAUCAUAGACAUAAAAAAGGAAAUAAAAAAGUUGCAGUUUUUAAAUGAAUUUUACAAAAUUUAUUUUGAAAAAUAUAACAAGUGGAAAGUCGUGGUGAUUAAUAAUCGUAUCCAUAUAUUCGACAAGGAGAAAAAAAAAAAAAAAAAAAAAUUCCCCCAUAUGAGUGUGCAUACGGAAUUGGGGGGAACUGCACGUGUUGAUCUAGCAGACGGAGAAGCUUCUCUGGAAAAAACGCAGAAGACGCAAAAACUCACCGAAGAGGAGAUACAACAGAUACAUAAGAAGAUCAGGAAAUUCCAGGAGACCAAUCAGUUGUGCGACGAUGAGGUGGAGGGGGACAAAGAACAUAGUGACGAAAAGGAUGGAAGGGAUAAACGUAAGGAGAGGCAGAAGGGACAAAGGAAGAAAAGCGACGGAAGGAAAUCGGUGAGAAAGUCCGGUGCAGAUGUCCAAGCGAAUGAUGAAAACUGCGUAGCGGCAGACGAUCAGGCUGAAAGUGAGUAUGACGAGGGGGACGACAAUGAGGAUUAUGACGAAGAGGAUGAGGAUGAUGAUGACGAGGAAGAUGAUAUGGAAGAGGACGAUGAGGAGGACGACGAAGAAGAGGAGGAAGACCUGGUGGAGGAAGAAGAGGAGUUAGAAGAGGAAGCUUACCAAAAUGAAGACAGUAGCGGGGGAGAGAGACUCACCCAAGUGCACACAGCGCAGGAGCAGGUGGACAGCUCCACCCCCGGUGAAGGAACCAAAGUGGAAGCAACGGUCAAUGGGAGAGAAUCAGACAAAAAGAACCACUUGGAAAGGAACCCCAUGGAAAGGAACCCGUUGAACUUCUUCUGGCUGGGAGGACCCCUACCUGGACUAACCAUUCUCCACAACAUAAAAAAGUUUUCCAAAAAUACAGUGGUCAACGAUUUUAUAUAUGAGGGGUACAACGAAAACGUGAACCUAGCCAAUUCGUCGGACGUGCAUGAAGUGGAUGGCAGGCCAGACUAUUUGGUAGCUGAAGGUGUACCCCUCGAUGGAGCGAAAAAGGAAAGCGCCCCCACGGAAGUGCAUCACCACAAUGAAGCCAAUCAAUCUGAGCAGGCAACCACCCACCAUGCGGAUCCCACGCAGGUAGAAAUAACCAACAGCGACAAGCGGAUGGAACAAACUAGCGAAGAGGAAAACAAACUCGUUAAGAGAUUCAUCGGAAAAGCUACGUGGGACAUAAACCAACUGCUGGACGAGCUGAACAACGACUAUUGGAUUGCCCUCAAUUGUGACAGCAAGGAAUUGCUCUCCAGCAUUAUUUUUAACACCGCCGGCGGGGGCAACGCUGGAAGUGCCACCAACGGAAGUGCAUACAAGGGAAGUCCGUACAAGGGAGAGUUCCUGUGGGAAAAAAUCGUGGCUUCCAUAAAUAGCGACUACGAAAGCAUAUCGAACAUUCCCCAAAGUGUCAUAGAUAGUGUGCUUCGCGAUUUUAGGGGCGUGGAAAGUGACUAG